CUGCCUGCUUAAGGCCCCGGCGAGGGGCACCUGCGGCACUCGAGAGGGCGGUGGGGCCGUGGGCCGGGGCCCGCACGAUGUACACGCUGACGCGGGGCCCCAGCAAGCUCGCCACGCAGCGCCGCACAGGUCCCACGCAGCAGGCGGUGGAGAGCAGCAAACUGGGCGAGUAUCGGGGGCGAGCGCAGCCCGGCCUGUGGCCCCCGGCCAGCCCAGCACAGAAACUCGUCUUCAACAGAGUGAAUGGCAAGAGGCCCCCCCUGCUGCUGCAGCAGAUCUCAGCCCCUGAAGAAUGUUACACGCUGGCCCACGAGGAGAACGUCCGCUUUGUCUAUGAAGCCUGGCAGCAGGUAGAGCAGCAGCUGGACAGCAGCCGGAGCGGGGAGAGCGCCUGCGGCCCCGUGCAGUACGUGGAGAAAACCCCCAACCCCGGACUCAAAAACUUCGUUCCCAUCGACCUGGAGGAUUGGUGGGCACAGCAAUUUCUGGCCAAAAUCGAGAACAGCUCAUAAAAGGGAAGAAAAGGUUGUGUUUGGUUUCUUUAUAAGAGAAACGAAGCUGCGAGCACCUGGUGACAGCCCAGCAUCGGUGGCGUUUUUGAAGCAUUUUUAAGACGCCCGAGGUGGAGUGAGCCAGCCCAGAGCACCGGACCACAGCCAUGCCCGGCCCCGCGCCCUCCCCGUGCCCGGCACAGGAGCAGCGUGCAGCCCCAGCCAGGAUUCCUUAAGUGCCAGUUCUCGGCCUGCUGCAGCUCCUGCAGCCUCCAGCUCCAGGGACACUGCGGUGCCACGCUGGGGGCGAGGGAGCGGCUCCCCCUGCAGCCACGGAAGGCCAGGGGGUGCUGCAGCAGCACCGCCAGACAAUAAAGCGCUGAAACUGCCCGUGGAGCCGCGCUUGUGCCAUGGGGAACAGGGGAAGCAGGGGCUGCAGCAUCGUGGCCCCUGGAGAGGGGAUGCUCCCAGCUGACUCGUGCCUCAGUGGGAACCUGGCUCCUGUGGAUUCAAGGGCUUG